UCUGUAUGUCAGCCAGCAUCAGGUUGGUUGAUUUUUUAAAAAAUAAACAAACCCUUGCCUGGCAUUUUGAAAUACGCAGGGGCGGAGCAAGAGGUUUGGGUUAUUUCGAAGUACUGCCACGAAAGGUACUGCCUCGAAUCCUGCCUGCCUGCCUCCCCCGCCUGCCUGCCUCUUUUUAAAAACUCUUAAAAUCCCUAGGCUUUCCCUAAGCCUUUCCACCCCUCUCGACCCCACACAUGGAGGGCCCUACCGAUUGGGAGCCAGAAGUCCUGCCGAGGAGCCAUUGAGCUUGCAGCCCCGGGCUCCACCUCCCCACCGCCCGCCCUCCCGCUAGCAUGGCCGCUGCGUGCCUCCUUCGCCGCCUGGUCCGCCUGCCUGCCGUGGCCCCCACCUCGCUGCCGCCGCGCCGCUUCCUAGCCGGGGCCGCUCAGUUCCAGUACAUCGUGGUGGAGCGGAGAGGGGCCAAGCAGAACGUGGCCGUGAUCCAGCUGAACCGGCCCAAGGCCCUGAACGCGCUGUGCGAUGGGCUGAUGAGCGAGAUGAACCAGGCCCUGGAGUCGCUGGAGCAGGACCCGGCCGUGGGCGCCAUCGUCAUCACGGGCAGCGAGAGAGCCUUCGCCGCCGGAGCAGACAUCAAGGAGAUGCAGGGCAGGACCUUCCAGGAGUGCUACGGGGGCAAUUUCCUGGCGCACUGGAACCGGGUGGCCAGCGUCAGGAAGCCGGUCAUCGCCGCGGUCAACGGCUACGCCCUCGGGGGUGGCUGCGAGCUGGCCAUGAUGUGCGACAUCAUUUAUGCCGGGGAGAAGGCCCAGUUUGGGCAGCCCGAGAUCCUCCUGGGCACCAUUCCCGGCGCUGGCGGGACCCAGAGGCUGACCAGGGCCGUGGGCAAGUCGCUGGCCAUGGAAAUGAUCCUCACCGGCGAGCGGAUCUCUGCCCAAGAGGCCAAGCUGGCAGGCCUGGUCAGCAAAGUCUGCCCUGUGGAGAAGCUGCUCGAAGAAGCCGUCAGCUGCGGCGAGAAGAUCGCCAAGAACUCGAAGUUAGUGACAGCCAUGGCCAAGGAAGCGGUGAAUGCCGCCUUUGAGAUGACCCUAGCGGAGGGGAAUAAAGUGGAGAAGAGGCUGUUCCAUGCCACCUUUGCCACGGAUGACCGGAAAGAGGGGAUGAGUGCCUUUGUGGAGAAGCGCGAGGCAGAUUUUAAAGACCACUGAUUCACCCCACAGAAGCCCCUGAUACACACCAGAGCAUCAUCGUGGGAACGUGUGGCUGGCUGACAGUUGGGCUACCUGAAGAAAUACUGCCUGGGUUCAUCCAGUUUGUAUCUCUCUGCCGUAAGAGGCCUUUAACUGCAAACCUCUGAAGGGGUGCACAAAAGCAGAUGUCCAGAUGUUUCAGAUUUCAACUCCCACCAUUCCUGACCGGUGGUUGUGUUGGCAGGGGUUUCUGGGAGUUAUAGUCCAAAACAUCCAGGAGAUCUACUUUCUGCUCACCCCUGCCCUAAAGGGGCUGCCUUCUGCUUGCCAGGAAGCUGACAUGUCCCAUGAGUAUGGGGCGGAUUCAUACCAUGGAAAGCUAAUUAUCCGUUUCUUGUGUAAGAAAAUAAUUGGAAGUAAUUCUUUUCCCCAAUUCCCAUUAAACAAGCUUUGGGGGAAUGCUUCUGUCUGAAGAUGGCUUAGGGUUUUUUUCCCUGAUAGUUUGGAUGUAGUGUAUGUUGCAGAGUUAUACUGCAGUGCCAGAUGUUGGGGAUGUUACAUGCACACACAUGGCUUUAAGUCUCUUCCCACAACUCAAAUUGCACAUUCUACCUCCAAACUGAGGUAAAUGGGAGAGGUUUGCCAAAUGUGGUUAUAAUGUUCCAGUCAUGUACCUAUUGCCACUUGCAGAGUUCUGCUGUUCUGGUGGUGAGUCUGAGCUGUAGCUGUUGGAUUACAGACGGGCAAGACUGCAGGACCUGUCUUGCGUGUUUGUAGAUGCUAAUGAAGCUCAUAAGCUCCAACCUGUAGCCAGAAAUGUAGUGGGUAAAAGGCUAUGUCGGUGGGGGUGCUUCCAAAGUCAAUGCAAAGAGAAAUAAAAUGAAAGGUGUUUGAAUUAA